CUGGUCGCCGCAGCGAGGGGUGGUGAUAUCUAAGGUGCUAUGGCCACCCCCUGACUGGCUGACGGUCGCAGUUAGCGCGCUGACACGACCGAGCACAUUCUGAGCUUAGGGCUCAGAUUUUAUUUUUGGACUGCCAUGGAGACUGGCCCUUCCAUUUGUAGGAAGGGGGUAUAGUUGCGCUCAACAUGAGCCUUCCGCUCUGACACUCCGGGCUGGGACAAGCAGGCAGCAGCCGGCCGACCCCCAAGCAGCAGUCACACAGGGGACUCCCCUGUCCAGCGUGUUUGUCAACUGUAGUAAGCAUUACCUGGGGGUUAAACUGCUCAUGGCUGCCAGUUAUAGCAAUGUCACUGAACCAGGCCUGCUGUCCCAGCAGUACCCUCCAGCUCUACUGCCCAAGCCUGGCAAGGAAAAUGUUAGACUCCAGAAACUACUCAAGAAAACAGAGAAAAAAAUCAAGAAAAAAGCUUCCCCUGAAACGACAAAGACACCGGUCCCUUUCCGCUCAAACCUCUCCCCUGUGAAUGAAGCAAGCCCUGACUUGGAACACAGUGAUCACUCAACCCCUCCUAAAACCCCAGAUGCACCCUUCUACACACAGCACCCCAGAUUCGCUGUCAGGCCAGCCUAUCGGCAUGUGCCAUCCCCUUACCCGCAACAACGAGGAGCCACUUUUGGUGGUACAACAAGGUUCUCCCCAAAGCCAUAUGCUGCUCCAGGACCCACCUUCUCCCAGCAUGUGGCCCCACUCUACACAUUUACUCCAACAACUCCAUCACCCAUUCCAGGGCCAGUCUCACAUGCAGUGGCACCCACAACGCCUGUGCCAACUUCCUCUGUGCCUGAAGUGACAAUCACAACUGCUGCUCAAAUUGCACCUCCAGUCCCUGCUCCAGUUGCUCUUGUCACAGUCACUUCUGCUGCCACACAACCUACUCUGCGACUAGCCCCAGUAGUAAUACACCGCAAAAGUCCAAGUCCACGGUUUAAAGCUACCGAAGCUACACUAAAAGCACCCAAACCGAUGUUUGAUGUCCGUCAAAUUCGGGUAUAUACUGCAUCUAAGUCCCCCCUGCAUGAUUACACUGGAAAGACAUUUACUGCAGACACAUUACCUCGGAGUAGAACACCCACACCAGACAUCAGAUGGGAAAUAACACCAACAGCUGAAAUCAGAAGGAGUGCAACACCGGCAUCUGAAGUGAAAAGCAAUUUAACUUUGACAUCAGAAAUCAAAAGAGUUGCAACGUCUAAAAUGAAUCAAGGUACAACGCCGACAUCGGAAAUCAAAAGAAGUUUAACACCGACACCUGAAGUCAAAAGGAGUGCAACACCUACAUCUGGGGUAAAAAGAGGUUUAACGUCCAGACCUGAAAUCCAAAGGAGUGCAACGCCUACAUCUGAAGUGAAAAGAGCUAAAACGCCAACUCAUGACUUUUUAACACCAAGAACUAAUUUAGGUCGACCUAAGACACCCUCAUAUCGUGUGUCCCGUGCCAAAACACCUGUUUUUGAAAUAUCAAGACCCAACCCACUUUUAUUUGCUGUCUCACCCAUUACUAUAGAUUCACAUAGAUCUAAAACACCAACACCUGGUUCUAAUUCUGCCAAUCCAUCUUUGUCUAGUUCUCAAAAUCUGCCAAUGUCUGAGCCUUCAACAUCACCAUCAACUAGUCAGGGUGCAAGAACUCCAAAUGGGGAAGUGACAUCAAAAGAGACUCCUACACCUAAAUCACCUCCUGAAAACACUUUAAAACCAGAGGCUCCUCGACAAAAAGCUCUAAUAGGUGAGUCUACCAGACCAAAGACCUCUACAGCUUCAUUAGACUAUCAAAGACCAAAGACCCCAACAAAUGUCACACCAACUCCUACAGAACCCUCAUAUCAAAGACCCAAGACUCUAACCAAAGAAACACUAAAGCCUACAGCACCCUCAUAUGGGUACCAAAGACCCAAUACUCCAACAAUUAUCACACUAAAGCCUACUGCACCCUCCUAUCAAAGACCCAAGACUCCAACAAAAAAAACACUAGAGCCUACAGAACCCUCACAUGGGUACCAAAGACCCAAGACUCCAACCAAAGACACAUCAAAAUCUACAGCACCCUCAGAUGGGUAUCAAAGGCCCAAGACUCCAACCAAUGAGACACCAAAGCCUACUGCACCAUCAUAUGGAUAUCAAAUUCCCAAGACACCCUCGAAUGAAGAGCCUAAACCAAUGACUCCAACAAUCGGGUAUCAAAGGUCAACAACACCUGUAGUUGGGUAUCAAAGACCACAACCACCAGCAGGUUAUCAAAGGCCAAAGACUCCCACAGCUGGGGUAUCAUCCAUUGGAUUUCAAAGGCCCAAUACACCAACAUAUGUGGCCCCUAAAUCAACCCAUACAUAUUAUGGGUUGACUCCUGCUGCAUAUGUUGCCCAUGGUGGAAUCCAACGUGUCUCACCUUCAUUCGGCAUAUCCAGGUCUAAGACGCAUGCUCUAGAGGAAUCUAAAACCACAACGCAAGGGUUGGAAGCAUCUAACAUACCUACCCAAGAGUUACUUGUAAAAACACAUCCUUUGCCCAUGGUGUCCAACCAGGAAGCAUCCUCCAAGGAAAAAAUCCCUUUAAAUGAGGCCAUAAUAUCCACGACUCCAGCAGAUAAGCUUCUGCUUCCAAUCAUUGUUGUUACACAAGCUGAAGAUGUCUCAGAACCAAGCGUAUCCACAGCUGUAACCAGCAAAAUGGCAACUCCUGUUUCAGAAACACCAAAGGUUAAAACUGUGGCCAACACAAGACCAUGGGCUAAAUCUCCAACACCCGAGGCUAAGAAACCAGAGAUUAAAACCCCAAUUUAUGGAGUCAUCCCAAAACCCAAGACACCCACCACAGAAACCCAACACCCUGUGCCUUCUGCUGCAAACAAAGAUGCCAGCAAGACAAUACCUCCUGUCUCAAAAACAGAAUCUCCUGUGGCUAAAGCCAGGGUACAACAAGAAGAGUUAAAGGAAUCACCAGAGCCUAAAAUGCCCACCAAAGCAAUCUCUGAGUCUAAACCAGCAGGGACAAAGCCGACUACUUCUUCUCCACUUGGAAAGACCUCAGCUCCUGAGAAGCCUUUGGUGGCUGUUCAGUCUCCGGCUAAGCCAAAGGAUAACCAAGAAGCCCAACCUGAAAAGGCGGUGUCAGCUCCAAUCACACCAUCAACAGAGAAGGAAGAGGGAAAAGACUCUUCCCCAGCAGCUGCACCCCUUCUUAAAGUGAUCCAAAAGCCAAAGGGCAUGAUGAAGUCUAAACUCAGUGGUUGGUCACGGCUCAAGAAGCAUAUGGUGGUGGAAGAAGAACCACCUACGUCCCCAGAAUCAAAUCCUAUGAAAGACACCGCAAAGGGAACUGAGCAGGAGGGAGGUGAAGCGAAAACGGAUGAAACGGUGUCAUUUAAAGACAUGGUGGCAGCUGUAACGGCUGACGAUCCUCCCAAGGCAGCAAAGAAGUGGGAUUCUCUUCUCUUUGAUAUGUUCUCCUCUAAAGAGAAGAUUAUGCAGGUGAUUGAAGCUAGCAAAAGUGAGGAGGAGAAAAAAGAGCAGCCAAAGGAUGCACCAAAAGAAAUUCCAUCCUUUGCCCAUCGUCUGCCUGUCCUCCUUUUCAGCCCAAAGUUUGAUGCCAAAAGGCUAAGAGAGGCUGCAUCAAGGCCACUUACAAAAAUUUCGACAGUGUUUGAGAUGGGUCUCAUAGGGCGUAAAAAUAAAGAUGAGGAACCAAAAGACUUUAACAGAACAGCUAGAGGGUUCACCUGUCCUUAAACCAUGUCUCUUUGGACUGGUAAAAAUUUAACAGAAAAACAUUUUGAAAAAUUCUGUUAAAUGUUUUGUUUUACAGGUGUAGACAUAGUAGUCAUAAUGUACAGGUCCUGUGUAAUAGUCUCUCUGCUUGACACAGGGUACAAUAUUUAAGACGGUCUCUUAGAGAAUGUGGUCUGAACUUCACAUCUGACUAUGUUACGGAUGUGUCUGAAUGUCUCUUUCUCUGACAGUAUGAAAAUAUUACCUUGAAAAUCAGAGCAGAAGGAAAAAUAUAUUUUUGUCUUAAAGGAAUUCAGACCUCUCGUGAGAUUAAAAUGUACAAAGAUUAAGUAAAUCUCAGAGCUUCUUUUUUGUCCACUGUUAAACCAUGAUAGGAGAAUGAAUGACUUUUGCAGACCUCCACACAUCUUUUUUUCAAAAGUGGUCCUGAGACUGUAGUGUAAUGCAUUUAGGCACACCACCUACUGAAAACUAGACUGAACAGUAUAUUGAUGUAGGAUUUGGUUAUCGGAAGAAAUCUGACUCCAGGGGAUUCAGAGUAACGUAACCAAAUAAGGAUGAAAAAAGGAAGAGAGGAUGAAGGUAGAAGGAGUGUAUAUUUCUCCAAAUGGUGCUAUUUCCGCACGUUUUUCAAAUACACUUUAGAUAUUCAGGCGCUUCUUAGAAGUUAGAAUGUUUAAUUACACUACAUAUGCUAAUGCCAGCUUUGCCAUCUUCCUUUUUAGGAGUACAGGUCAUUGAGAGUGUUAUUUGAGAUCUUGGGUUGCUAACUCCUGGGAGAUGAGGAAGCUAUAUGAAGGAAGUGUUUAACCUUUGGCAUGGAUGGAUGAGGGGUCAGGGGGAGGCCUUGUGGGAUAUGGAGGCAAGUGAUGAUAAAUGCGAAGAAAAAUGUAUACAGUAAGUACUUAGGGCAGAUUCCUAAUUUGAGAUCCACGAAUUUCCCAAUUGACAUCAAUGCAGGAUUAACGUGAAAGUUAAAUUUAGCAUGUUUCACAGAGUUUUCAAAUAUGCAGCUUUCAAACGAGGUACCCAGAAUAGUCAAGAGCUGAGAGUGACAUUUGACCUUAAGGUUCUCUAGGUUCGUCAGCUUGUUAUUGAUGCUUUACGUUUGUGUUUCAUGCAUGGACUAUAUAAAAAGAUUAAGAACAUUAUCUCCUAUUGACAGAGUGAUGUUCAACCGUUUUGCAAUCUGAUGUUUAUCUGUAUAAGUGUACAGUAAAUGUUAUUUUCUAUAUAUUUUUGAUAAAAGAGAAAGAAAAAAAACUUGAAUAGGAAAAAGCUGAUUUUGGUUUAUGUUUGACAUAGAAAGUUCAUCUUGAACUACAGAAUGAAAUAGAGAAAAUGUAUUCUGUAGUGAAGAUAAUGGUCAGAGCAAGGUCAAGGGCAAAGCUAUUGCCCUUUUGGUGUUUGAUAAAAUAAAUAUUAUUAAAUUGUAGCUGGUAUUUUGUCUAUAAUUGUUGGUUUUUAUCUGCAGAACCAGCAGAAUAAAAAGGUGUUUUUUGCCUAAGAAAAUAUGAGUUAUUAUUGGACUACUCAUGGUAAUUACAGUAAUGUUUUAAAGUGUAUGAUUAUUGUAUAGACCCAGUUAUCGCACCUGCUUUUCCAUUGGUGUACUCAUCCAUAUAUUCAUCAUCAUCAACAGGAAUCUUCGCAUACUUGCCAUGAGCAGUCAUCACAAAUUUGUACCUUUUACCAGAUGGAUUGCCCUGAAAAGCAUAGGGACUGAUUUAGAACAGAAAUCAUUUGCCACAGUAAAUACACUGAGUUUGUCACAGAAUAUUCAAAUACUGUAUGUGUAUGUCUGCGAGCGAGUGAGCGUACUCACCUUUGCCCCUAAUCUCCCAGGGGAUGUUUCUCCAAUGAUCUCCCACAUGUUCUUUUUCUGCAUCACGUCACCAGCUUUUACAUCCUGGGGAAUGAACAGCACCAAACAGAAACUCAGCUGUAUAUCAAAUGAUUUUGUCAGCCAUGCAAGACAAGCAAUCCUCUUGGCUUUGGUUCUGAACCGCCACAACAGAAUUACACCCCAGAAGGGGGCAGCCUUGGAUGAAGCUCACUGCACAAACGCUCCUCUGAUUCUCCGCAUGCCUGUACACAGCUGUACUGCAAACACUUACGUGUGGAAGAGUUCAGAAGGAAACUGAGAGGACAGGGAAUGAAAGCGAAAAGAGCAGUAACCUUGAGAAGGGAGGACAUGAAGAGAGUUGAAAUGAGAAGACGGAGGAAGGAAAGUAAAGGAAGUAGAUACACAAAUGUUUCACUAAUGCUGUAUUUUGAUGAAAACGAUUCAGUCUCUGUAAAGGGGAUGCGACACCCCGUGUGUCAUCGUACAACAGUGUCCAACCUUAAGCCACCUAUGUAAAGGGGAUGCCAGUGCUAGAUAAUAGUGACAGGGAAGCCGUUUGUGGUAAUGUAUAUUCCACAGGUAAUCUCUUGUGAGCAGAAUACAUAAACAUAAAUGGUACCAUAGAUCUCUUUAUAGAUCUCUUUAUACUAUGGGCACUGAUAGCUAAGCAUUAGUUCCGGUGCUUGGGUUUUUCGUCACAUGUUAUUUAGACAAAUCAUGAUUUCGCAGGUGUUGGCAUCUUGAUUUUCAUUAAGGGAGAGGACAUUUGGCCCAUAAACUUGUCCGUAACUUGCAGAGAGAGAGGUUGGAGCUCCUUGUUCUGGUUCCAUUCCUCGUUCUAGCAUCUCUUCAUCGCCUCUCUUAACACUUAUGGAAUCAGAACAUAAUUAAGAAGCUGACCAACUAGCUAUGCAAGACUUUAGUUCUGGGUUAACCAAGAUUACUCAGGUGGAGACUGGUGAAAUGCAGAGCCAUAUACAGUACAUGUAUACCCAUAUAUACUGUACAUAGCUCUGUUCUGAGAUAAACUUACAGCUGGUCUCAGGGGCGAGUUCCUGCUUGUGCCAUCUGGGUUCCCCUUCACCCACUGGGUGAUCAGGUCUGCCACACCCACCUUCAGACCCUCAGCAUUCUGCUGACACACACACAGACAUACGUCAACUCAGGCAUUCAACAAGACACUUCCAUUCAUUAUGUAUUCGAUAGUGUCUUGUGACAGUUACAUAUAAAUGUAGCUGUCCAGCACACACAAUAGAUUUGGUUUUGGGUGGGCAGGCUAACAGCUACUGCUACAUACUAUUGAAUACCUCUGAGGUACAGGAGAGAGGGGCUGGGGGAAACCACACAUUUGUGGUAGAGAGUAAAAAUAAACUACAGACUUAUGCGCCUCUGAUCCCUACCGCCGUGGCUCACAGGGUGUUUGUUAUUCCACUCGCCCCGGGUCAAGUUGCCAUGCCUUUUCCGGAUACCUCAAAGAACCUUGGCCUGCACACGACGAAUGAGAUGCAGUAAUUAAACACAUCAGGGAGAGUCAAGUGCUAUGGCCUGGGGUGGGAGGACUAUAAACAGAGGUGUGAGAUCACACCCAUACAAUAGCAUGAAGAGAAGCAUUAGGACUGAUAUAUUUAGACAUCUGCACAGUGUGAAAAUGUAUUUUGAAAGCGCUAGCUAGGUAUGUCUGUGUCUCUAGUCUGCAGUAUAACUCAAGGCAGCUACUGUAUGUAAAAGAGCAUGUUUUGUAUCCAUAAGCACUGCUGCUAAAUUGUUGCCGCCACUCCACUUUAUAUCUAUAAAGUACCAGUCAAAAGUUUGGACACACCUACUUAUUCAAGGGUUUUUCUUUAUUUUUUACGAUUUUCUACAGUGUAGAAUAAUAGUGAAGAUAUCACACGUAUGAAAUAACACAUAUGGAAUCAUGUGGUAACCAAAAAAAGUGUUAAACAAAUCAAAAUAUAUUUUAUAUUUGAGAUUCUUCAAAGUUUGCCUUGAUGACAGCUUUGCACACUCUUGGCAUUCUCUCAACCAGCUUAGUUAUGAAGUCACCUGGAAUUAAUUUCAAUUACCAUGUGUGCCUUGUUAAAAGUUAAUUUGGGGAAUUUCUUUCCUUCUUAAUGUAUUUGAGCUGAUCAGCUGUGUUGUGACAAGGUAGGUGUGGUAUACAGAGGAGAGCCCUAUUUGGUAAAAUACCAAGUCUAUAUUAUGGCAAGAACUGCUCAAAUAAGCAAAGAGAAACGACUGUCUAUCAUUACUUUAAAACAUGAAGGUCAGUCAAUCCGCAACAUUUCAAGAACUUUGAAAGUUUCUUCAAGUGCAGUCACAAAACCAUCAAGCGCUAUGAUGAAACUGGCUCUCAUGAGGACCGCCACAGGAAAGGAAGACCCAGAGCUACCUCUGCUGUAGAGGAUAAGUUCAUUAGAGUUACCAGCCACAGAAAUUGCAGCCCAAAUAAAUGCUUCAGAGUUCAUGUCAGAGACACAUCUCAACAUCAACUGUUCAGAGUAGACUGCGUGAAUCAGUCCUUCAUGGUAUAAUUGCUGCAAAAAAACACUACUAAAGGACACCAAUAAUAAGAAGAGAUUUGCUUUGGCCAAGAAACACGAGCAAUGGACAUUAGAGAGUGUCACGAAUAUUACCGAAGGUGACUCCCCUUCUUGUUCGGGUGGCGCUCGGCGGUCGUCGUCGCCGGUCUACUAGCUAUCGCCGAUCCGUUGUUCUGUGUUUGUUUAGUUCUGUCAAAUUGGUAGCACCUGUUUCUUGUUUGGUUGUUAGGAUAGGGUUAUAUAUAGUCUGUUCAGCCCGCUUCUGUUUCGUGCGGGCUUGUUCUCCUGUUUCUUUGUUUGAGUGUAUUUUGGUUGGCAUUUGGGUUUCACGCUGUCCGUUUAUAUUUCUGUUCAUUUGUGUUUCCACUUUUGUACAUGUUAUGUUUCCAGGACAUUAAAGCGUGUUGUUUUUCCCACA